AUGGUCGUCUUAGACAGUGUGACCUAUAUUCCAGAGUGCCUGGGCUUCCUUGUGCUGAUGGUGCUGGUGAUCCAGCUGUUCCUGACCCUGAGGGCAAAGGUGAUGGAGCGACUCCACCACUACUCUCUGGCCAGAGACCCCGCCACACACAACGGGGCCGCCGUGAAAAAACUCUCCAACUCCGGCAUACCCAAAUCUUCCUCUAACACGAGUAUUAACGGAGCAGCCCCGAGCCCUAAAUCAGUCUCCUAUUCAAAGCAAGACGUUUGCGUGACAACUUUCAGCCGGAACAACGCCAAGAUCGUGACGAGCCAGGCGGAGCUCUUGCUGCGGAACAUCGACGACUCCAAGACGUUCGUGAAGCCACAGUCCUGUGUGAUCGAGUCGCUGGACAUCCUGUGUGAGUGUCCCAAGUCCAAGCUCUACCUGCUCUUUGUGGACGCGGCGAGCUGUGGGACAAGGCCGGAUGACGUCACAACAGCAGCAGCAACAACAACAACAGCAGCUACAGCAACAAUAAAUUCUGAGCCAAAGACAACUACUGCUGAUCAGCCAGACCUGACGUCACAGCCCGCCAUCCUGUCGCAGACAGAGUUGUUGCUCCUUACCGUGCGGCACGUCAAGUCUAUGGGAGGUUUGUGCAUCUGACCUACUGACCUACUU